AUGAAGUGGAAUAUUAAAGGAUUAACUCAAUAUCUGGAUACUUGUUUUCUUCUUUCUGUGAUAAUUUCAGAGAGUCCACACAGUUAUUAUCUUUUAUUUUGGUAUAUUUUUCAAAAUAAGAGAGUAAGAGGAAAGACAAUUAACAUUUUUUGGCUUGUGGUCAAGCGAGAAAAGUUACGAAAAGCUUUAUUAUUUUUUUCACAAGAUGUUCUUGGUCUAGAAGAAGACUUGAACCUAGACGUUCACAAGUCUCAAGUCUUCAAGUCUCAGGGUCAUUCUCUAUUUUGUCUUAAAGGAUUGAUCCUAGUAGCUUUUAAAGGAGGAACAGAUCAAGAAACAGACUUAAUAGAAUUUUUAUCAACUUCAAAAGAAUGUAUCAAUGGUUUGAUAACUUUACCGGAGAUCAUUUAA